AUGGAAAAUACGAGAAUAUAUGGACUUGAAUUCAAACCAACAAUUGAAUUUGAUAACUAUGAAGGAGGUGUAAAAUUAACAAGAAGACUAAAUAUAAGGAAUACAACUAAAAAUAUAAUAAGGUUUAGAUUUUUAUUUCAAAGUAGCUCUUAUUUUACUUUUCCAUUGCAAGAACUAGAAAACAUUAGCCCUGGUUUAAACAAAAGUUAUUCCAUAAGUUUUUUAAACCCGCUAAAUGAUUUUCAAACAAUUUGUGAAGAAUUAAGUAUAGUAAUAGAUGACAAUGAAAAAGAUAAAAAAAUAUUCAUAAAAUUAAAAGCUACUCCUUUAAAAUGUGACAUAAUUUUCCCAUCUAUAUUAAAUUUUAAAGAGAUGGUAAUAAAUCAAAAAAAUAAGGAAGAAUUAGUUAUAAAAAAUGAAGGUUCGUUAAAUGCAAUUGUUAAAUUGUCAUAUAAAAACUUAUCUAAGGAAAGAAAACUAAAAAUUAAAUUAAGUUCAUCUCAAUUUUUUUUGAAAAAAAAUGAAAAAAAAUUAGUUGAAUUAACCAUAUAUUCAGAAAUUCCUAAAAAAUAUAAAGAAUUUAUAUUAUGCUCUAUCAUAGAAUUGCCUAAACAACUAGAAAAACAAAUUUAUUCCGAAAAAGAUGAUAAAUUGAAUAAAACUAUGAAUCCGUAUGAAAACGAAGAAAAAAGUAUAAAUGACAUAAUACAAUUAUUAAACGAAGAAAAUAUAAAAGUACGCUUAAUCAAAAAAAAAAUUGAAAUAAAUUGGAUUUCAGUUUUACCACAGAUUGAUAUUAUGUGGGAAAAAGACAAAGAAAUAUUUGAUAAAAAUGUAAUAAAUUUUGGCCAAAUAACAUUAGGACAGAAACUUACUAAAACAAUAUUUUUACAAAAUCUAGCUAAUGCACCAAUUCAAAUAACAGCUAGAAAAAAAAAAGAAAACAGCGUUUUUACUUUUUUAAAUGAAAAAUUUAUAUUGAAAGAAAAAUCAAAAGAGGAAAUAAUUUUAAACAUUGAUGGCAAUAAUCCUGUUAAUACCUAUACAGAAAUAAUUCGUUUUACAGCGUGUAACGAUUAUUACAUUGAGUUGUUUUUAAUAUGUGAAAUUAAAAAUGUAAAAUUAUCUUUCUCAAAGACAAUUUAUAUAUUUGAAAACAUAAAAUUAGGAGAUAACAUUAAUGAUAAAAUAACCAUAAGAAAUGAUGAAAAUAUAGAUCUUGAUAUGGAAGUUAUAAACACAGGAUAUUUUAUAAAUAUAAAAAAUAAGAAAUUUACUAUAAAGAAAAAUAGUUUUUAUUCUUUAAAUUUAAUAUGUGAUUGCAUUUAUCCUAUAAAUGUUCAUAAAAGACUGUAUUUUUUGGUUCAUUUAAAUAAACAAAUUUAUUAUAUAGAUAUUAUUUGUAAUUUCUCUAUAAAUUAUGAAAUGUGCCCUAUUUCUAUGCAUCAUAUAUAUAGAUAUAAGCAUUUAAUACAUGAUAAAGAAGAAUUAUAUAACUCUUAUUAUAAAAAAAAUGAUUAUAUUGAUAUAUGGGAUUUUCCGGUUGAAUUUAAUUCUUACAAUGAAACUCCAUAUGAAACGUUAAAUGAUAUAAUAGACAUAAAUGAAAAAGAUGUAUUCAUAGUUCCAAAAGAAUUAGAAGUCUUGGAAUUUGAAGAAAAAGAUUUAAUUAUUAUUAACAAAACAUCAAUAGAAUACACAUGUAUAUGGUCAAAUAUGUUGGAUAGAAAAAGAAAGGAUAAUAGUAUUUUUGAAGUAACACCUAUAGAAGCACAGCUUUUACCUUUUAGUUGUCAAAGAUUUAAAGUUAAAAAUAUAAAAAUUCUAAAGGAGAAAUUUGUUCGGGAAAUUUACGAAUGUAUUGUAUUCCCAUCCAAUAACAAAGAUUAUAGAAAAUGCAAUAGUAAAACAUUAUUACCACCUUUGUUUUUAUAUACAACUUUUUUUCAAUUUAAGACAAAGUAUUUAUGUGAACCUGAGGAAGUAAUUGAUAAUUUACUUUUCUUUCCAAAAAAAAUUUUCUUUUUAAACUUGAUAGAAGAAGAAAAUAACUACGUUAUUGCUAAGUUUGAAAAUAAUACAGAUUUUACUCAAAUAAUUGAUUUUACACAAUUUAAAAAUGAUCUUGAUGGAAUAAAAAUAUAUCCACUUAUAAGUUAUGUACCUAAAAAUAGUUUUUUAAAUGUUCUUAUUUUUUAUUUUCCCAAAAAAAAAGAAUUAACUAUAUCAGAGAAGAAAAUUUACUAUUUAGUAAAUGGGAUUGAAAAAAAGCAUAUAUCUAUUUUUGUCUCCCAUGAGAUUAAUAAUGUGGUGUUAAACAAAGGAGACUUAAAUAUAGUAAAAAUAUGUUUUUUUAAUUUACCUCAUGUAAGUGUUGAUACAAAAAGUAUUAAAAAAGUUCCAAUUGAAAAUUUUACUGAGAGAAAUGUCUUAUGCUUGUUAGUUAAAGAAGAUUCACAAGAAAUUGUAAAUAUUAAUAUAGAAGGUAAGAAAGAUUACAAUGUACAAAAAAAGGUUAACAAUGAAGAACAAUCAUAUAUGGAUGAAUUUCACGAAGAAACAUGGGAAAAUAAAGAAAUUGAGUUAUAUAAUGAAGAAAAUAAAGAUAAUUUUUAUUAUUUUUCCUUAUUACCUUUUGAAAAAAAAAAUAUAUACUUAACUGCUUGUUGUAAUUUUAGUUUCACUGAAUCAAUACCCAUGUUUUUCACUUAUUUUACAUAUAUUAAUGAUAUAGAUAUGAAAAACAAACUUACAAAUUUUAAAAAAAAUAUAAGAAAUUAUUUCAAAAGUUGCAAAAAAUUUCUAAUUAACGUUAGCAUAGCUAAGUACUCUUUAGCAUUGCAACCUAAUAUAAUUGAAAGCAAACCAAUCAUAUGUGGGAAAAAAUUUAAUGAAAAGGUAAGGAUAUACAAUGAACAUCCAGUUAAAAUAAAUUUCAAGAUAAAGACGGAAAUUUUUCAAAUUGACAGCAAAAAUUUUUUGGACCAAGAAGAAAUUACAGAGGCAGAAAAAAAUAUAAUAGUAGAGAAGAAUGAAGAUUCAAUAAAUUCAUGUUCCACCAAAUAUAUCUAUGUUAAUUUUAAUUCUUACAAAAAAGGGCGCUUUGUUUAUAGGCUUUUUGUCAUAGUAGGAGAAAAUAAAAGUUGUAUUAAUAUAAUACUAAACGUUAUUAUGCCAUAUUUUGAGAUUGUUGAUAUAAAUGAUUUCAAAACUCCCACAUCAUUAUAUUGGAAUAUGACUUCUAUUGAUCAAAUUAAUAUGUAUUUAAAAGAAAACAUAACAAAAAUAGACAGAAAUUACAGGAAAAGCCAAGGGAUGAGGAAUAUGAAAAAGUUAUUUAAUGAAUUUAAUUAUAUAGAAUUUAAUAUUGGAAAUAAUAUAUUAAAUGAAAUAACGUUUAUAAAUUUAAUUUUAUACAAUCCACUUGAUAUAACUCUACAUGUUCAUAUAAAUACUAUAAAAUCUUACAUUCUUCCUAUUUUACCUCCAUAUGCCAAAAAUCAAGAAGAACAGCUGGCUCAUAUUUUAUUCGUAGAUAACACUUUUAGUAAUUAUAUGAGAUGUUUAGACAGCUGUGAAAUUAAUCCUGCGAAAUUUAAGAUAAAAGAAAAAAGUACAAAGACUAUAACCAUACUAUAUAAGCAUAAAUACAUCGGUUUCCAUAAUAUGCCAUUAAUUAUUGAUGUAAAAAAUGGAAAAAUUGUUCCUCUAAAUUUUAUUUCUUUCACUUUUCAUCCUAAAAUUCCCUCUAUUUGUUUAAUGAAUAUUAAAGAUUUGACUCAAAAAGUUUUAGGAUUAAAAAAUGAAUGUAUCGUAAAUAUAGACUUACUAAAUGAUAGUACACUAGAUAUAUAUUAUGAUAUAGAAAAAAACAACAAUUUUAUAGUUUUAAACCCUAAGGGAGUCAUUAAAAAAAGUAGAUAUGUUUCUAUAUUUAUAAUCCUUUCAAAUUUAACACAGUCUACAAUUGAAGAUACCUUGAUAAUGAAUGCACAUUUUAAAUAUUUACAAAAAAAUAUAGAAUUAAGUAAAAUAAAAAUGGAGUUAAAAUUAAAUAGUAUAUUAGAUGAUAUAUACAAAAAUGAGCAUAAAAAAUUUAACAUAUAUACUAAUAAAUAUAUUUAUAAUAUUCAUAACCAAAAUAUCAAGACAUUUUGUUCAAAUUUUCUUCCCUCAUAUUCUUAUAUACAUGUUAAAAAUAAAUUAUUUUACAUUUCACCUAGUUCUAUUAAUAUUUCAUGUGCCCCAACGAAUUCUAUAAUAGAAAGAAUUAUUGUUAUUAAAAAUUACUCAUCUUUGAAUGAUUUAAAAUUCAAAAUUUCUAAUAAGAACACAUUACCAGAAAAUGUUUUAAGAAUUUCUCCUAACAAAGGAGUUGUGAAAAAAAAGGAACAGCAAAUUUUAAGAUGUACAUUUAUUUUAAAUGAUAUAUUACUAGAUAUAGAAGGAAAUAUUCAAAUAGAGUUGAAGUUUAUAAAUGAAGAUUUUUCAGAAGAUGAAAACGAAGAAAUGAGUCACAAGAUUAAUAAUUCCCCUAAUACUAUAAUUGAAGAAAUAUAUGAAGACACAAGAGAAGAAAAAGUAAAAAGUGUGGAUAAUAAAAUUUUGCCAGCAUCAAAAAUAAGAAGAGAAAAAAGGUUUGAUGAUAUAACUUUUACACACGCCCAAAAGAUAUUUGAUAAUAUUCAAAUGUUCAAAUAUACAUAUGACAAUAUUAAUAGUAGUAUGCUUCAAAAAGCAAUAAGGCGUUUAUAUGGAGUUAAAAAUGAUGACAUCGAUAAAAAAGAAAAUCUAAAAGAAUCAGAAAAAAAGAGUAUUAAAAACCUUUCUAAAUUUUAUUUUUAUAUCCAUUUGAAGUUGUUUACAUGCAAUUUCGAUGAUAUAAAAAUAGAAACAAAAAAUUUUGAGGACUUGGUUAAAACUAAUAUUUACCCAACUUCGUUGUAUUUUAAUAAAUACAUUAAUUUACCAGUUCCAUUCGAAGGAAAAUCAAAAAGUUUGUUUAAAAGGCAAUAUUUUAAUUUCGAUAAAUUGGAAAAAUUUAAAAUUGAUGAAGAAGAAGGCAUCUAUUACAAAAAAAAGACUAUUUAUGAAAAAAAGGACAUUUACUGCUAUAUGUUUGCUGAAAUGUUUAAAAGCAUAAUUGAGAAACAUAUAAAAAAAUACAUUAUAUGCCUCUUUGAGAUAAAUGAAUGCUCAAUACAAACAAUUGAAAGCAUUUUAAACGAAGAUUUAAUUGAUAUAAUGACCCGAAAUAAAAGAAUAGAUUCAAAUUUUCAAAUGGAACAUGAUUAUGAAUUUUUGAAUCCAACAAUUUUAUCCCAUUUUUUUUCAGACAUUUUUUCAGAUAUUAUUAAUACCCUUAUAAAAGAAAAGAUUAUAUUUCCAGAAAAGUUAAAUUAA